AUGAACCAGAUAAAGGUCACCGGGGAGGAAAAACCCACAGAAAGGGGAGCGGAACCAGUUGGUACAUCACAGUCGGAUGCCACCACUGGCGGAAUGAAUGAGCAGGAUACAAAUGUGAACCUGGCUCAAGUGGAAAUGAACAAGACAAAGGCCACGGAAGAAGAAUUGGUUGAAUUGGGAUUGAGUGACCUUUCACUGAAUGACAAGGCGGCAGAAGAUGACCUUUGGGCAACUCCAAUGGUCUCAGAUGAAUCUAAUGAAUCGUACUUCACCGAUGACGAAGCGACGAUGAAUAUGUCCUUCCAAUCGGCGAUGAGACUUGCUGACCGUGCUGAAGGAAUGACACCUUUCAAGGAUAUACCGGAACAUCUCAUCGAACGGACACAGACGGGAAAGGUCAUCAAUGUAAGACCACCGUCGCCGAAUAGCCCCACGUCAACUCUGAAGAGGCGCGUGAAGGAUUUGGAAGAUGAACUCCAUAACAAGGAAGACCAGACGGCGAGACGAAAACAGGAAUAUCAAGAGAGGUUGACAUCGCUUGAAACCCGGUUGUUUGAGUUGGAACAACAACGGGGUUACUUGGAGAGCACAGCAGAGGAAUGGAAAGUGAAGUACGAAAAGCAAAGGGAACUGGCUGAAGAGUACUUGAAAAUGGUUGAUGACAGAGAAAUGGAAGGUCAUCUUGCGGUCAGUGAACUUAACGAGAGUAUGUCAGAAGAAACAGCGGAAAGGUCACGGCACUUAGCCGAAUUGAAGGACGAAUGUGACUCGCUGAAACUAAAGGUCACCGAAGCGGAAACGAAACGAGAUGAAUACGCAACCAAACUCGCCGAUGCUACUCAGAGGUUGUUGACGAACACCACUGAAGUCUUCAAGCUCAGGAAUGACCUGAAGCUGCGCGACGAGAAUAUCGGGACCCUCCAGAAGGAGUCAUACGAUCACCAGCGAAGGGCUGAUGAAGCCGCUAAGGUGGCAAAGGACUUGCGAGAUCUUACAGCCACCGAAGGUGUACGGUUGAAAAAUGAAAUAAGACAGGUGAUGGAAGAGAACAAGGCGUUGAAGGAUGACAACAAAAAGGUCACCGAUGAGAUCAAAGUGUUAAAAGAAGCCGCCAAGACAAUGGCAGAACAAGGCGCGAGGUGGGAGCACGAGGCACACCUCUUGGACGAAAAGGUCACAGUGCUCGAGUUGAAGGAUAAAGAGUGGCAACAAACGGUCCAUCAGAAGACACAGGAGAUUAUCAGACUGAAUACGGAGCUGAUUGAUAUGACACAAACGGCGAUGACAAGAGAAGAUGAGGUCACCGUGACGAAAAAUCAGCUGAAAGCAGCAGCCGAAGAAUACAUGACGUUGGAAAGGGAUGUCAUUAAAGACAAAACGCUUCAACUGCAUCAGCAGAUGUCGAAGGUCAACCAAGAGAAUCAGAACCUGAAGAAUGAGAAAGACCAAUCCGAUUUAAGGAUUAAGCGCCUUGAAGAUGAGAAUAAAGCUCUUCAAAUGUCCAACAAACACAAAGAUGAACAGCUCCUACAACACGGAGUCAGAACAGCAACGGUGGAAUCGCCCCCGCCCAGUUAUAGCAAGGCGCAUGAAACGGGCACGGGUAAAAGCUUUCACUUCGAUAUGCCGCUACGAACUGGUACUGGCAGAGGAAGUGUCAAAAACGAGAAGGACGGGGAAAAGGCUAAAGAUGACAAAGAACCACCAUCGGAAAGUUACCCGCAUAUGAGUCGAGGUGACCCUUCACAAUUUCCCCCGCACAUGGAAACAAAUGUGUUCAUCGAUGAAGGGCGACGGGACAGACCACCCAGCCGGCAGGAGCGUCCUAGGAAAUCCCGGUAUGGAAAGGCGAAACGAAAUCAAAGUGAUGAUGGAAGUAGCGAAGAAGACGACGACCAGAGAGCAGAAAAUACAGCGGUGCAAUUGACAAAAGCACUUAACUCGAUGGCCAGGAAAACACCACUCAUGACCUUUGACGGCAGUCGUGACACAACGAAUAUGGUGAUCGAGAUGAAGAAGUCUUAG